AUGGAUGAAGUAUUUGAGCCUGACAAAAUCGACGUUCAAGUUGAUGAUUUUGUAAAAACCAAAUCAGUUUCAAGAUCCAAAGAUGAAUUCAUCAAUGUUCUUUGUGAAGACAGUGAUGACGAACCAGUGGAAGGUGAAGGAGAAAAUGCUCGAGUGGAACUAGAUGAUGAGGAAAACACUGACGAAUUUAGUGAUGAAGAUGAAAUCAUAUACUCCAUCCAUAAUCUGAAGGUCAAAUGGAAUGUGAUGAAACCGGUUAUUGGAGAAAGGUAUGAAUCUAGACAUGAACUGAAACUAUGUUUAACAAAUUAUUCCAUCUAUAAGGGCUAUAAAAUUCGUUUCAAGAAGUGUGAUAGUGUUAGACUAGUGGUUGUGUGUGUUAGUGAUCCAGAAAAAUGCUCUUUUAUGGUUCGUGCUUCAUGGAUGAGUACUGAAAAAUCAUUCCAGGUGAAAAAGAUGAAUGAUAGGCAUACAUGUGUUAGGAAUUUUAGUAGUUCAAGGCUUAUGAAUCCAACUUGGUUAGCAAAGCAGUUUGUGAAAGAACUAGUAAGGAAACCAAAGUUAAAAUGCAAGGAAAUGCAGACAAUUAUUCAAAUUAAAUUUCAUUGCAAGGAUUAUGGACAUGAACUGAUGAGGUCCAAUCCAGGUAGCACAGUUAGGAUUUCUGUUAAUUUUAACCCUGAUCAGACUACAACUUUUCAUAGAAUAUAUGUGUGCUUUAAAGCAAUCAAAGAUGGGUGGAAGAUAGGAUGUCGUAGUGUUAUAGGGUUGGAUGGGUGUUUUUUGAAGGGACAAUGCAAGGGUGAGUUACUAACUACAAUAGGUAGAGAUGCAAAUAAUCAAAUUUACCCUAUAGCAUGGGCUGUUGUGGAGGUUGAAAACCAGGUUAAUUGGACAUGGUUCUUUGAACUAGUUAGUGAAGAUCUUUCAUUGGAUGCUGGCAGGGGAUUAAGUGUCAUUAGUGAUCAACACAAGGGUCUUGUUGAAGCAACAAAGGAUAUUCUACCCCAUGUAGAGCACAGAUAG